AACACCUGAAAGUGUGAUGGCCUUUAGCUGUUCGGGCGAAGGAGACAGCAGCAAUGGUAGGGGCCGAAUUAGGGACCCAUGAGAGACUCUGGACCUGGCAGCAGGAGGAGGCGGUACGUAGGGGCCCAUGGCAGAUUACAUGUCUGGCAGCAGCAAUGGAAGGCCCCAGAGUGUGGCGAUGGAGACAGCAGCAAUGGAGCAGCAUGAGGAGGCGGUAUAUAGGGGCCUAUGGCAGAUUAGGGGCCUGGCAGCAGCUAUAGGAGGCCCGUAAUCUGCCAGCACCCUAUGUCAAAAAAUAAACACACACCAGCAGUGUGAGGAGACCUGAAAGUGGCACAU